GGCAUGUUGCACAUGCGCAGUUUCACCAAACACCGGCGGCUUCUGUGGAAGUGGUGGCCUAACGAAGUGGGGGACAACCCAAUUUGACAGCUUCCAGGAUGAGCCAGUUAAAGGAAAAUGCACGGCUCAAGAGCUACAAGAACAAGUCACUGAACACAGAUGAGAUGAGGAGGAGGAGGGAGGAGGAAGGCCUACAGCUACGCAAACAGAAGAAAGAUGAACAGUUGUUCAAGCGGAGGAAUGUGACAACAGUGGAAGAGGUUGGAGCUGUGGAGGAGGAUGGGAUGGGAGACAGCACCAACCUGGAGUCCCAGGUCUACAACAUGGACCAGCUAGUGGGUGGUGUGAUCUCAGAAGACAUGACUCAGAUGAUAUUCUCCAGUUCUCCAGAACAGCACCUGAUAGGCACGCAGCGCUUCAGGAAACUUCUAUCUAAAGAAAUCGAGACUCAUCAGACCAGGCAACAUUCUUCCAGUCUUCAACUGUCCAAUUUUGAGCCAAACCCCCCCAUUGAUGAGGUCAUUGCCAGCCCAGGAGUAGUUGAUCGCUUUGUUGAGUUCCUGAAGAGAAGGGAAAACUGCACAUUACAGUUUGAGGCAGCGUGGGUGCUGACCAACAUUGCGUCGGGGACAUCACAUCAGACCCGUGUGGUGAUCCAGGCUGGCGCUGUCCCCAUCUUCAUUGAGAUGCUGACCUCUGACUUUGAGGAUGUUCAGGAACAGGCAGUGUGGGCCCUGGGGAACAUAGCAGGAGACAGCACAGAGUGUAGAGACUAUGUAGUGGACUGCAACAUCCUCCCUUCUCUAAUACAGUUGCUGGCCAAACAGAACCGUCUGACAAUGAUGAGGAAUGCAGUGUGGGCUCUGUCCAAUCUGUGUAGAGGGAAGAACCCGCCCCCAGACUUCACCAAGGUGUCUCCCUGUCUGAGUGUUUUGUCCUGGCUGCUGUUUGUCAAUGAUACAGACAUCCUGGCUGACGCCUGCUGGGCCCUGUCCUACCUGUCAGAUGGACCCAACGACAAGAUCCAAGCUGUCAUUGACUCUGGAGUCUGUCAUAGGCUGGUAGCACUACUGCUCCACUCUGACUAUAAGGUGGUCUCUCCUGCUCUGAGAGCUGUGGGGAACAUUGUGACAGGAGAUGACUUGCAGACACAGGUGAUUCUGAACUGCUCUGCGCUGCAAUCUCUUCUCCAGCUCCUCAGCUCCCCUAAGGAGUCCAUCAAGAAGGAGGCCUGCUGGACCAUCUCCAAUAUCACAGCAGGAAACAGAGCACAGAUACAGAUGGUUUUGGACGCUGGCCUGCUACCCCCCCUUAUCAACAUCCUGCAGACCGCAGAGUUUCGAACCAGGAAGGAGGCGGCCUGGGCCAUCACCAAUGCUACUUCAGGAGGCUCCGCAGAACAGAUCAGGCAGCUGGUGGAUCUGGGCUGUAUCAAGCCCCUGUGUGACCUACUGACGGUGCUAGACAGUAAGAUCAUCCAGGUGUCUCUGAACGGACUGGAGAACAUCCUGAGACUGGGAGAGCUGGAGGCCAAGAGAGGGGCAGGGGUCAACCCUUACUGUGCAUGUAUAGAGGAGGCAUAUGGUCUGGACAAGCUGGAGUUCCUACAGGGUCAUGAGAACCAGGAGAUCUACCAGAAGGCGUUUGACCUGAUCGAGCGUUACUUCAGCCCAGACGAUGAAGACCCAGCCCUGGCCCCUGACGUAGACCUCCAGAAGCAGCAGUUUCUCUUCCAGCAGUGUGACGCGCCAAUGGAUGGCUUCCAGCUAUAAGGCACCCCUCCCUGAUCUCUUACCACCAGAGAAAGUCAUGUAAUAAUCAUCGUGAUUAAAGUGUGAUAGAGACCUGCGUGGUGCAGUCCAGAUGGACAAUUCUCUCUCUGAUUUUGGGCUCCACUCUGUGGUCCCACAGCACAACUUCCUCAACCAGCACCACCACCCCCAAUCCAUCUCAACCCAGCUCCCUUCAAUCCUGAUGCCCAUUUGAUUACAUCCACCUGGACUGUGUGACUGCAUGAUUGAUCUGGAAGGUGAUUGGUCACUGGACUCUGGGCCCUGUAGAUUCCCAGUCCCACCCCCAGAAGGCACCUCUACGAACCCGCCUCGUCUUUCUAAAGCCAUUGAUUGGUCGGCAUUAAUUGACUUGUGUACACGGAGCGGUGUUGAGGGGUAGAGGCUGUUUUGUUCUCCCUCCCCUCCUCCCAUCAUGCAUUCCUUCCUUUGCAGGCUCCACCCCCUAGAGUUUGGGCUGGCUCCUGCCUCUGGUGUGACACACACAACCCCAUUGAACCAUGGGAAUUGGAGUCUUCCCUCGCACUGAGACAUUGACAGACUACAAGACAGAUGACUGUUGAGCCUGGCACUGACCUGGAGACUGACUGUCGAGUUGAAAAACCAUGAGAACCCAGAUUCCAUUUCCUUUGACAGCACUUUAACUUCAUUCAGAUAGAACAGAUAGAAAUUCUCUCAAAAGUUCUCCAAGAGUGUAGGUACUGAAAAGUACAUCCUGAUUGACAAAAAAAUAGAAUGGCAAAAUGUACAUUGCAGGAAUGCCAUAAUCAGGAAAUGGACUUCAAACGUAAAAAAAACAGGGUAAUCCUUGGAAAAAAAUAAAGAAUAAUUCUCUCAAACUUUUUCAUUUAUUAGUGACAGCUUUGUCCCCUCAGGAAGUGUGAAGAUGUAUGUUCUGCUUCUGGUGUUCCCUGUUCUUUAAAACCACAAUGCACCUCUUCUCUGCUAGAACAUAGGUGACAGUGAGACUAACUACAUUAUCUGUGACUGGCCCCUUCAGAAGCCUUCAGUCUCAGGAACAUUGACUGUUGAUGACUGAGCUGAACGUUUGGCUUCCUACGUGUUUUGAUUUUCUGUUUGACCAUGCCAGAACCUGACACACAGACUGCUACAUUUUUAGAAGACAGCUCAACUAAGAAAUAUGUCUGAAACGUUAUCCUGCUUAAACACAUUUGGAUUUUAUUUGGCAAAGUGGCAGGUAGACUAUCUGCAUCCAAGGUUUCAUCAUCUUUGUUCACAAAUCAAACUGGACAAGAUUCACUAAACAAAUUCAAAUUAAACUUGCAAAAUACUGGUGAUUUUAUUAGUUAAAAAACCAGAAAGAUUGUUAACCAAAUUCUCCCAUAUUUUGUUCAUUUAGUCAGAUUCCCUGAGAAGCUUCUCUCAGCCAGCUUCCUGUCCUGUGCAUUAUAAAUGCUGUUUCAUCAACUUCUGUGGCUGUCAGUCUUAUUGAGGUCACAACAUGACCUACAUUCACAUCAGGCUACAGAUAGGACAGCCGGACAGUCAUUCCAGCGUUACCAAGGUGUUCAGGAAAGUCAUGUUUUAUAAUAAUGGUGUAGGUUCUGAAACAGUCAAACCUCCAUCGGGUUUCCAGAGAACACUGAAGUAAAGCUUUUACUCUGAGGCAGCCUAGAGAAGAGAAUGCAUGUACUGAGCUAAGAAUAUAUUAAAACAACUAACCCUAACACAGCUUUAUAAAAGCAAAACUCCACAAGCAGCCUCUACUGUACUCAAGAAGUUAUCAUUUGGAAUGAUGUUACAUUAUUUAAAACCCUCAGCAGAAUUCGACUCAUAACCAGCUACUUACAAAUAAUUGGGUAAAACCACCAUGGAAGGUGGUUUGUUUUAUUUUUAUAUUUACCAGAAAUGAGUGAUUUAAUCAUUCCCCAACAUUUCACUUUUGUGGUAUUUAGGGAGCUGACUCCUGCCACCCCCCUGGGUAAUAAAACUUAUCUGCAAAUAUG